CCUGGCCCCGCUGCUGUUCAGCUUGUUCUUUGCCGCGAUGCUCAUGGUCGCCGUGGCCGAGUUCGACAAGGACCCCAAGCUGACGGCGGACAUGGUCAAGAUCGGGACACAAGUAGAGUACACGGGCAAGAAGGGCAGGUCGGCGGGGAAGAAGACGAUGGUGGUGACGGACGCGGAGGCCUUCGUCUCGCGCUCGCCGGAGAGUCUCGAGAAGAUGAUGUCGGUCAUCGUGCGCGUAGCCGGCCUGUUCGGACUGAUGGUGUCGGAGCCAAAGACNUGCUCCUGUCAACGUACCCCCCCGUGCUGCUAG